GGAGAGUUGACAGGAACAACAUCACCGCUUUAAGCACACGUUAUUUAUGGAUUACUUAACAAGAAAAGCCUUAUUGCGCUAGCGAGUGACAGUCAGUUCACAAGAUCUUCUCUGCAACAGCGUGAUGCACAGUCUGUGACGUUCAGUAUGCUGGCCUAUUGGACUUGAACAGAUUGAAGACGACUUAAGAGGCUGCUGUAUCAGUCUGAGCUCGAACCUAGGCUACGGGAAGAGAUGGGGAACACAGCGACCAAAUUCCGUAAGGCUCUCAUCAAUGGGGAUGAGGUACUGGCCUGCCAACUGUAUGAAAGCAACCAGCAGUUCAAGGAGGCUCUGGAUCCCAACUCUACAUAUGGAGAGUCAUACCAGCACAACACUCCACUGCACUAUGCUGCCCGGCACGCCAUGACACGCCUACUCAGGUCUUUUCUCCUAAGCAAAGAUGGGAAUCCUAACAAGCGUAAUGUUCACAAUGAGACAUCUUUGCACCUUCUCUGCAUGGGGCCCCAGAUCCUGACCUCAGAGGGGGCACUGCAACCCCGGAUCUCACGGCCAUAUGAAGACCGACAGCGUCGGGCGGAAUGUCUGCAAAUCAUCCUGGCAUGGACAGGAGCAAAGCUUGACCAUGGAGAGUAUGAGCGUGCUGAUGUCAAUGCCACCGACAACAAGAAAAGCACUUGCCUGCACUAUGCUGCUGCCUCAGGCAUGAAGACUUGUGUUGAGCUCCUGGUGCAGAGAGAAGGGGACCUGUUUGCAGAGAACGAAAACCGCGAGACUCCAUGUGACUGUGCAGAGAAGCAGCACCACAAGGAGUUGGCCCUGUGCCUGGAGUCGCAGAUGGUCUUCUCUCUUGCCCCCGAGGCAGAGGGUAUAGAGGCAGAGUACGCAGCCCUCGACCGAAGAGAGCUGUACGAGGGCCUGCGGCCUCAGGAUCUACGGAGGUUGAAGGACAUGCUGAUAGUUGAGACAGCCGACAUGCUGCAGGCCCCUCUCUUCACGGCAGAGGCGCUGCUACGUGCCCAUGACUGGGACAGAGAGAAGCUCUUAGAGGCCUGGAUGACCAAUGCAGAGGAAUGCUGCCAACGCUCAGGGGUACAAAUGCCCAACCCGCCUCCAAGUGGUUGCAAUGCCUGGGACACCUUGCCCUCGCCCCGUACGCCACGCACCACCCGCUCCUCCAUCACAUCCCCUGACCAAAUCAGCCUCAUGCCUGCUGAUGAGGAGUCUUCUCUGUGUGGUAUCUGCAUGUCUUCCAUCUCCGUCUUCGAGGAACCCGUGGACAUGUCCUGUGGGCACGAGUUCUGCAGAGGAUGUUGGGAAGGGUUUCUUAAUUUAAAGAUCCAAGAGGGUGAAGCCCACAACAUCUUCUGCCCGGCCUUUGACUGCUACCAGCUAGUGCCUGUGGAGGUCAUUGAGAGUGUGGUGUCUAGAGAGAUGGACAAGCGCUACCUCCAGUUCGACAUCAAAGCAUUUGUGGAGAACAAUCCGGCAAUCCGCUGGUGUCCUGAGGCAGGGUGUGAAAGGGCUGUGAGACUGAACACCCAGGGUCCUGGGACUUCCACCUCAGACCCGCUUAGCUUCCCCCUCCUUCGGGCCCCUGCUGUAGAUUGUGGCAAAGGUCACCUCUUCUGCUGGGAGUGUCAAGGCGAGGCCCAUGAGCCCUGUGACUGUGACACGUGGAAGUUGUGGCUACAGAAAGUCAAUGAGAUGAGACCUGAGGAAUUGGCUGGUGUGAGCGAAGCUUAUGAGGAUGCAGCCAACUGCUUAUGGUUGCUCUCUAACUCCAAGCCCUGCGCCAAUUGCAAGUCCCCAAUCCAGAAAAAUGAGGGCUGCAACCACAUGCAGUGUGCUAAGUGUAAGUAUGACUUCUGCUGGAUCUGUCUGGAGGAGUGGAAAAAGCACAGCUCAUCAACAGGAGGCUACUAUCGUUGCACCCGCUACGAGGUUAUCCAGCAGGUGGAGGAGCAGUCAAAGGAGAUGACUGAAGAGGCAGAGAAGAAACACAAGAGCUUUCAGGAACUCGACCGUUUUAUGCACUACUACACACGCUUCAAGAACCAUGAGCACAGCUAUCAGCUGGAGCAGCGCCUGUUAAAGACAGCCAAAGAGAAGAUGGAGCAGCUUAGCCGAGCCCUGAGUGGAAGGGAAGGAGGCCCACCUGACACUACGUUCAUUGAAGAUGCGGUCCUGGAACUACUGAAGACUCGCCGCAUCCUCAAGUGCUCUUAUCCUUAUGGCUUCUUUUUGGAGCCCAAAAGCACAAAGAAAGAGAUCUACGAGCUUAUGCAGACCGACUUGGAGAUGGUGACUGAGGAUCUGGCACAAAAGGUUAAUCGGCCUUAUCUUCGGACGCCGCGCCACAAGAUCAUCCGUGCGGCGUGUCUGGUACAGCAGAAGAGGCAGGAGUUCCUGGCAUCAGUAGCCAGAGGAGUGGCCCCCAAUGACUCUCCUGAGGCCCCCAGGCGCAGUUUUGCCGGCGGAACGUGGGACUGGGAAUACUUAGGCUUCGCAUCACCUGAGGAGUAUGCAGAGUUCCAGUACAGACGGAGACAUAGGCAGCGGAGGCGAGGCGACAUGUCCAGUCUCCGUAGCAACACACCUGACCCUGACGACCCCAGCGACAGCAUUUCAGACACACAGGAUAUUGGAGGUGGACGUAGACAAGGUCCUCUGAUGGGUCUAGGUUCUUUGGAUGACGAUGACCCUAACAUUCUACUGGCCAUUCAGCUGUCACUUCAGGACUCCGGGAUGGCAGGGGGCGGGUCCAGCCAUGACAUCCUUGCCAAUGAAGCCUCACUCGGCGCUAUCGGCACCUCCCUGCCUUCGAGGCUCGAGCAGAAUGCUCCAGGUGUAGAGGUCCUCACCAGAGCAUCCCUAAGCAGCUCAGAACUGCUGGAGCUGGGAGAUAACUUGGCUAGACUCGGCAACAUCAACAUCAGCAGCCAGUACUCCACUACCACUGGUGUCACCGCCUCUGUACAGCACUGUGAGAGUCACCACCGGACCUAUAGGGCUUCUGUGCCGAUCCCAGUGGGUCCAGGUGGCAGCAACUCGUCGACAGGUCUCUUCUCCUCUUCCAGUGACACCAUAGAUUCGACCACGUGCGGCAGCCAUGACCCAUCUUCGUCCUCUGCGCUAGGAGCAAAUGCUAAUCUGCUGGGCAACAUCAUGGCUUGGUUCCAUGACAUGAAUCCUCAAGGUAUCACCCUGGUCCCCUCAACCUCCUCUGACACUGACUCAAACCUCGGUGUGCUCCAGGCAGGCGGAGGUGGGUGCCUGCAGGAUGAAGAGAAAGGCGGAGUUGUCCUGCCUGAAAACAGGAAGGCUCAGGAAAUGAUGGCAGAUGUGGGUUUCUGCUCUCAGAGACUGAGUGACAUGGAGGAGAAGGAGUGUGCCGUCGCCGAGAGGCCGACCCAGUUAGAUCUCGUGGGGCUGGACACCAUGCCGCUACCUUACAUGGCCUCCCUUGACACAGGUGACCAUGCAGAACGAGGAGGCUCGAAGGUCUGCCAUGUCGACACUCCGCAAUGUGACUCCAUAUCCGAUCAGCUGCCUAGCACCAGCUCGUCUGAGUGGGAGGACCAGGUACACUUGGUAUGAAGUAAUGGCUGAGGUGGGAAGAAACUUUUUUUAGAAAGGCAAAAAAACAAAACACUAUAGAUUGCAAAUUAAAUAGCGCUGAGGAAUAUGUGUAAUAGCUAUUCAGGCGGAAUGUAUGCAGAAAGAAGAAUGUGUUCAUUGGAACGUGGGGAGGAAGUAUUUAGACACUUGGCUUAGUCUAGCACUGCAGUUAGAUGGGUUUUCUGCGUUUGCUGUAUUGCAAAGAAAGCACUAACUGAAAGAGAGAUUACAUUUGUCAACAAUUUUCAAGGAUGUAUUUCUUAAAAUGAUUCUUUGUGAUAGAAAUAUGAAUAUGUUACCUUUUCUGAAAUCAGUUUUAGAGGAGAUAAGAGACUUUAGUGUAGUGCAGGUCAUUUUUUCCCACUGGAGUAAAAGCCUACUGUAUGUGUCUGAAUCAGGUCUGAGAGGUUGUUAAACUGUACAUAUGAGCAAAUUAAUGUUUUGCUCCAAUAUUCAACCUGUGGGGUACAGGCUGGGAAUUAGUUUCCCACUCCUGUCCAAAUCUGCCUACUUUAUAGGUGCCAAACACUGACUAGCAAAAGCACAAUUUGCAGUCACCAAGUGUAUUCUUCAGAGCAAAUUGUGCCUGCUUGUUACAAUCUCAACCACUCAGCUCAACUUAAAUGUGAAAGUGUCGAGCUAUAUUUUUCUUUGAGAUUGCGGCUGAGUGAUGUUUUCAAGUCUCACUAAAUCUAAAAGCUGUAGUGUGCUGUGUAAAUCUGUAGUUUAAGACCAUAAUGGUCGUGUACUUUAUUAUGUGAACAUUCACACAAAACAAUUUAAUCAUUUAUAUGAAAAGUUGGUGGCCUGCUGGAAAACAUUUCAAAAUUGUGCUGACAAUGGUUAUUCAUCUCAAAGCCUCAGUCCUAACACACUUUCAAUGGGAACCGUCUUCUAAUCUUCAAAAGCAACAAACAGUGACUGACAGGCCCGGAGGGGCUGCUCAGUGUCGCUCAGUUCAGUAGAUUCUGAAGUUCAUUGCAGCCGGCUUAAAUUAAUGUUUGAGUACUGCAGCUGAAUGUGGAGUGUGACAGACUAAGUAGACAGUGAGUAGUCUUGUUUAUACACUGCAGGAAAGGCCAGUCAAAGAGAUAAUCAGCCAGUCACAUUCACACUUUGAUGAAUUAAUUAAUCAAGCCCAACUUACUGUAAUUUAUCUCUGGGUUCCAUUUAAAGGACCUGUGUGUAGGAUUUAGAGGGAUCUAUUGGAAGAAUAUGUCAGAAAUUGAAUUCAUUAGUGUGCAAUCACCUGAAAAUAAGAAUCGUUGUAUUUUUGUUACCUUAGAAUGACCUCUUUAUAUCUAGGAGUCCACCAUGUUUAUACAGUAGCCAGAACGGACAAACCAAACUCUGGCUCUAAAGAAGGUCUUUCACGUCUUUAGCAGCCACUGUAGGUUCUCCUACACGCUUUGAAGGGGUGGGUGAGGCGAGGGGUGUUCAGCUGGUUGCAAUCUGCAACCUCACCACUGGAUGCCAGUCCUACACACUGGUCCUUAAGGUGUAAUAUUAGCAAAGCCUUGUCAAAGCUCUGCAGAUGUCCCAGCCUGCAGGGUGUAAUGCACAGAGAAUCCAUGAAUGUGUAUUGCAUCUCAAACACAUGGUGAGGCCAUGUCUUUGAAACGGUUCUCUACGCAGUUAGAUACAGUGCCUUUUCUGUCAUUCACCAUUGUUUCACACAUCUUUCUGAGUGCUAAGUACACUGUUUUUACAGUGUAAACACAACAAACACCUGUUACCUUAAAGUUAUUUCUCUCAUAAAAUUUCUACUGUGUAAACAUGAGAUCUUGAUUUUUUUUUCAUCAAAAUGUUUGUAGCAUGAGACUUUUUGUUGGUUUUUGUAGUGUCAUGUUAAUGGGUAACACUGACUUUAAAUGAUUUGGCUUAAUGGGUAAUGGUUAAUGUCAUACUUUCAAAUCUGUUCCCAGAUAUUUUGGAAAAAAGGUUUCAUUUCUCUCAUUUUUUGUGCAUAGGGGCCUCUUGCCCUGCAGUUUGAAACAGUUGGCUUUUCUGUGGUUUAGAAACUAAAAUCACUGUAUUGACUUAAGAAUGAAUUGACCUACUGUAUGUGUAUCAUGUAUCUUACCUGACAACACUAAAAAUGGAGGAAAGUUGCAAUAUAAAGUUGGUAUUUAUUUGAAAUAAAUCAGAUCCGUUAAAGAAAAUGGAUUGUGAAUAACCAAUAUGAAAUGAAACACAUUGAUCAGUGUUUUACCUUUAAGACUUAAUUAUGUUUUUGUACAGACUAAUGUCUGACUGAAGUAAAUCUAGCAGAAAUAGAGAGUAACAUGAAACCUAAAGAUGGUGAUUGCUUUGCAAAGUGUCUUGAAGUUGUGAAACUGAGUGCCAUACGGUUAGUGGAGCUUGGUUCGUGUAAGUGGAUUGGAGUUGACAUAUGUUACCCUUUUUGUGUAACAGUUUGCUGUGCAUGAAAUGGGUUGAAGUCUAAACGGGAUUUGUACUUCCUUUGUAUGUCCAGGUGAUUUAUUUUAAAAUGGCAUAUAACAUUUUGUAACUCAUUGAGAUUUUCUAUUGUAAAGCAACUAAUCCUUGAAAUGCUAUUUGCACUUUCAUAGUCUAUACUUGAUACAUUCCCUCUUUAUAUGAAAAAUGUUUGUGUGAUGCCAAUAAACUAUGUGUUGAGUUUUAA